AUGGCAUCCCCUACUGAGCAAUCUUCUACCCUUGCUGCCAAGAAAGACCGCAUAACUGAGGCAAGCUCCUUAAUUCCCAUCACUAAGGCUAAACCUCUAGAUAUGGUUCCCCCUGUUGAAUCUUCAGAUGAUCCCUCUCCCACUCCUAAAACAAGGAAUCCCACUCCAAAGAAGAGGAAGAGCACCAAUAAGGCUUUAGUUGAAGCUGCCUCUGCUAAAACCCCAUCCCCUACACAUGAUGCUCCUGCUCUAAUUAAUCCAUCUAUUGAGGAAGCCCCAAUUCCUCAAAAGCCAAUCCCACAAGGAGAAAACCCUCAGGAGCCAGCCAAAGAGGCUGCUCAAACAAAAGAAAAGAACCCCAAGCCUGCAAAGUGCUCUAGGAAUUUGUCCAAAGGGGAGUCAUAA